UUUAUUUAUAAUAAACAAGAAAAAAGCAAAAAGAGAGCAGAAAGUGACAAAAUCACAGUAAAGCGUGACAGUGGCAGCUCAAUUUUACUUUCGUAACUCUCUCUCUCUCUCUAUCUCCAUUCCCAAUACCAAAGUCUUGUUCUUUUCACUUUGAGAACCCAUUUCCCUCUUUCACCAAAUGGGUCAUCUCAAUCUCCUUCCAUUUCUCAUAUAAUAAUAGUAAUAAUUAACAAAUUUCAUUUAUUUCUUGUUGGGUAAUUGGUGCUCGACUGUUCUGCGGUGAAACAUGUUUUCUAGGUUGAUACAACAUGAAGGAAGUGUUGUCUCUGAAGACAUUCACAAUCACCUUGCUGACCCUUGUCUUGUUCUUACUUCUGAUCCUAAACCUCGCCUUCGUUGGACUACUGAUCUUCACCAACGAUUUGUUGAUGCUGUCACCCAACUUGGGGGUGCAACUAAAGCGACACCAAAAGCAAUCAUGAGGACCAUGAAUGUCAAGGGUUUGACACUGUAUCAUUUAAAGAGUCAUCUUCAGAAGUACAGGCUUGGUAAGCAAGCUGGAAAAGAUUCCGAAGAGGGAUGCAAAGACGGAAUGUCAGGUUCAUAUCUUCUAGAAAGCCCUGGUACUGAGCACUCAUCUCCAAAGUUACCAGUUUCUGAUGCAAACGAGGGUCAUGAAGUCAAGGAGGCAUUAAGAGCACAGAUGGAGGUACAAAGUAAGCUACAUUUACUCGUCGAGGCAGAGAAGCACUUGCAAAUUCGGCAAGAUGCAGAACGGAGAUAUAUGGCCAUGCUUGAGAGAGCUUGUAAGAUGUUGGCUGAUCAAUUUAUUGGUGAUACAAUUACAGACACAGACAUCCAAAAAUUUGAAGAAGUACCAAGUAGCGAGAUUGGUGGAAUGCAUGUUUCAGAAAUACCAUACAUUCUACAGCCCCAAGGGGCUAACUGUUCCACAGAAAGUUGCCUAACAUCACUUGAGAGUCUCAGAGGGUUGACACUAGAAGGAUCACCUGGUGGGACAAAGAGGAUGCUAGGCUUGGACUCAAUGGUAGCACCUUUGUUUUGGACUGAAACUAACAUCAGAACUCAUGGAAUCCAUUUAGCCCAAGUGAAUCCUGAAGGAAUAACUAGGUAUGGCAUGUAGGUAGGAACAUUGUAAAGAAAGCACAUUGUGCUUUACUCUCUAGUUUGUAGAAUUAAUUAACUGCUUAAAAUUAUUGUCUCUUCCUGUCUUGUUUAAGAAGUUGAUGGGAAUAGAACUUGAACCAAUUUGUCUAAUUUUGUAUAUUGAAAAAGUACUUGGUAGCUUAACUUGGAAUAUUGCCACAUUUAUGAUCA